CGCUUGGAGCGCUAGUUUCGCUCCAGCUGCCGAACAGUGACAACUUUAACAACACGGCUAAUAACUGCAGUAAUGGACCGCAAAAAAACUACUUGGAUAAAAGAGGAAACUAAUGAGAUACCAAGUUCACCAGGCUCCAUUGUUCAGGUAUGCCCCUCCAGUGUGAAAAUAAAGGAAGAAUCGCAGGAGACUGGGAAACAAGAGUAUCUGGAAGACCCAUUUGUAGCUUCAGAGUUCACUGAUCCUAUCAAGGAGGAUCCAGUACUAAGUUUCGGAGCAGAAGAAACUGAGAAUUUUAUGUUCAGCAGUUCUGAAUAUGAUCCUCUGGGAGUUAAGACAGAGGAGGGCUCAACAUUUGAGAAUGAUGAUCUUGGUGAGUGUGAUCCAUUGUGGAUAACAGAUGAUAAGGAGGUGGUCUCAAAAAGAUGUGCACCACACAGUACACAGUUGAUUAAAAUCACUGGCAAACCAGAUAAAAUUGCAUUUGAAGAAACAUACCUGCAAGGAGCAACUGGUGGUGAACUUGACAUCACUCCAGAGAAUUCAGCAGAUUUCAUAGGAAGUAUAACGCCAAGACAAGUGUUUUUCUCUCAUAAGGAAAGCACGUUGUGCACUAGACAUAAUUACAACUCAGAGAAAAAUGAUUUCUCCUGUAGUUCAUGCAAGCAGACAUUUUCAUCAAAAUACUGUCUCAUAAUGCACGUUUUCAUUCACAUUGAUGGUGUAAAACCACCUGAGCAUAUCUGCACAUGUUGUGGUGAAGUAUUUAUCUCUCAUGACAGUCUCAGGAAUCAUGCCGCUACACAGACAGUGAAACAUCAAGAGAAAUGUAGACCACACACCUGUGGGAAAUUUUCUGCUGAGAUUGCUCAUCUCAAAGGACAGGCUGAGAGUGUAUACAAAAGUUAUUUUUGUGGGAAAGGCUUCAGUGGUUCUUCUAUUCUCAAGAAGUGUCAGCUAACUGGUGAGUGGUCACACAAGUAUGGGAAAUCGUUUACUGUGGCUGAUAGUGUCCAAAAGCAAUCAUUGAUUCACCUUGGUGAAAAGCGACAUAAAUGUGAUGUCUGUGGGAAAUUCUUCACUUAUUCUAGCAGGCUCAAGAAUCAUGCGCUCAUUCAUACUGGUGAAAAGUCACAUAAAUGUGAUAGCUGUGGGAAAUCCUUUAGUCAUCGUAGUGGUCUCAAAAGUCAUGAAAUAAUUCACACUGGUGAAAGUUCACAUAAAUGUUUUGUCUGUGGGAAAUGCUUUACUUAUUCUAGCAUUCUCAAAAACCAUGCACUCAUUCAUACUGGUCAGAGGUCACAUAAAUGUGAUGUCUGUGGGAAAUCUUUCACUCAAGGUCAAGGUCUCAAACGUCAUAUUAUAAUUCACACUAGUGCGAGGACACAUAAAUGUGACGUUUGUGGGAAAUCCUUUAUUCGUCGUCGUAAACUCAAAAAUCACAUGAUAAUUCAUACUGGUGAAAGUCCACAUAUGUGUGGUGUCUGUGGGAAAUCCUUUACUACUUCUGAUAGUCUUAAAUACCAUGCAACAAUUCAUAGUAGUGAAAGGUCACAUAAAUGUGGUGUCUGUGGGAAAUGCUAUGCUCAUCCUGGUAUGCUAAAACGUCAUGCAAUUCUUCAUGCAGGUGAAAGGUCACAUAAAUGUGGUGUCUGUGGUAAAUGCUUUGCUUAUCCUAGUCAACUAAAAUAUCACGCAAUAACUCACACUGGUGAGGGAUCACAUAAAUGUCAUAUUUGUGGGAAAUCAUUUACUUAUCUCCGUAGUCUCAAUGUUCACUCGAUAAUUCAUACUGGUGAAAGGCCACAUAAAUGUGAUAUCUGUGGGAAAUCCUUCACUGACUCUAGUAAUCUCAAACGCCACACAACAAUUCAUACUGGUGUAAGAUCACAUAAAAGUGAUGUCUGUGGGAAAUCGUAAACUGAGUCUGGUAGUUUUAAGAAACGAAUUAAUUCACAUUGGUUGUCAUUGAGAAGUUGGAAAAAUUUGUAGUAGCUCACACACUAGACAAAACAAUUAGUCUAUUGUUUGCAUGCUUGAAUCGUCACAAUAGUCAAAACAUAAUACAUGUUGGAAAAGAGCUGUGGAUCUGAGGUUAUUAGCUGCAGUGACAACUUAUUUAGCGAACAUUAGGCAAAUAGAUCAAUUGGUAUGUUAGAUAUACUAAAUAAUUUUAGUGUUCAUAGUAAAACCAUUAUUGAGGCUAGUAUUUUGUUCAGAAAUGAUAUUCUGCAUGGUGGAAGGAAGAGCAGAGAUGAGACCAUUGUGCAAUAUGUGUAGUUGUAGUUUUUCAGCAGCUAUGGACUGGGAUGUGGUGGAGAAUAUUUAUGUAGAUGAACGUAUAUCAUAUGUAGAAAUGUAGGCUGCCAUUUGAAAAGAGAUCCUGUUUGAGUCACCAAUAAGAGAACUGUGUAAAUACUUUUUGCUGAAAGUAGGCAUCUAGAGUAUUGCAUGUAUGUAUAUUCAGUGUAGUCUGGUGGUUGUUAAUUUCUACAUUCGUUGUCAGUUUUAUAUAAGACAUGAAACCAAGUUUUCCAGUCUUUCUAACUGCAGUUCUUUAACAGACUGUUUACAAGUAAAACAGUUUUGUGAUUUGGGGAGUAUCAUGUAUUCUUGAGCAUUCGUUGAAACAAUAAGAAUAGCAUUUGAAAUUUGAGAAAUGGGCUAUAUAUAAUGCAGAUCCAUAUUUUCUGCAUAUAUGGCAGACUAUUCUGAUUGGAUACUUUAUCAAAUCGAGUUGUUGUCUACAUAUAUUUAUACAAUUUAAAUAUGAUACCAGUUUUCUGAGAAAGCACUGCAUUUAGAACUAUUGUUACACAUAUGUGUUAUAGGCUAAAAUUAUUUCCAUGUAUUUCCAGUGUUUCUUUCAUCAUGUGGUUCUGAUGUUUCUUCUAUAAUGUGUAAUGUUUAACAAUACAUUCAGUGUCAUGUGAGAUCAAAACCAUCAUUAACUGAUAGAGCUCCAACACUGUUGGACUUUUACUUUAAUUAAUUGCAAUCCUGGUCUAUUGCUGUGAGACUCAUCACAAUUAGCUAUGUACAAAGUUAGUUUUAUUAGGGAUAGUUUUUGAUAUUUUCAAUAAUUGUGAUAUAUUUAUGACUGCAUAUUGUGAGACCAUUCUUAUAUUCAGAACAAUAAUUAGUUGUUUCAUCCUUGUUAGUCAGCAUCAUUAUUUGUGAAUAGUAUAUAACCAUUACAUUUCAACCUAGUUUACUCAACAUGAACAAACUUGGCUUGUGGCUUCCGGUAAUUGUUUGUACGUACCAUAGAUGCUGUCUUCUCUUUGGAUUUUCUUAUACAAUGUAUUGAUGCAUUAUAUAAAUGUGAUAAACGCAAUUCAGAUAACCUUAAAUAUUCAUUUCUGUAAAACAUCAGAGUUUUUGUAAUGACUGGUAAUGCAAUAAUUGGUUCUUGUGACACUAUUUGUACUGUGUAUGAUGUGACUACUGUUGCAGCAGAGAAUGCAGUGUGGCAUCUGCUCAGUGUCAGAACCUGUCUUGAGAUUGCUACACUAAGGCUAGCUAUGUAAGAUAGUGGCCUUAACUAUAAUUAAUUUUCGGAAAGAAAAAAUCUUAGUGGUCAUGCCCACUGAUCCUGACGAAUCAAAACUGUGUAUGUAAAAUUUUUGCUUAAUCAUAGAGUUACUAGGUGGCCCCCGAAGUCUUGAAAGUAGAAACUAGAAUAUACAUCAGCUACUUGCAUUGAA